AUGGAGACGUUAAAGGGGAGAGCCCUUUCUGCCGGCCGAAGGGCGAAACCUCGCUCGCGCCCUGCCCCAGGGCCGGCACGCGUGUGCCCCGACACGGACGUGGGCGGCGGCUGGGUGCGGCUGGGGGCGGCGAGUGAUAAAACCGGGAUUAAUGCGAGCGCCGCCCGCAAGCCGUGGCUCUGCGGCGCGUUCGCCCCUGCCCCUCCGGUGGCCGGGCGCUGCACGCCGCCGCCGCCACCGCCGCCUCCACCACCCCUGCUUCUUACGCCGUUUAAUGGCCCUAGUUGGCCGGGGGCGGUGCCGCUGCCGCCUCCAGCAUUGUUCGCCGGCGCCGCAAUGCCCCCGCGGCCCACAAAGGGCGGCCGACAGGUCGGCGUUGCCCGGGAGGCCCGCGCGCCGCAUUCAGCGGGGGCGGCGCCGCUGCAGUUAUAA